CGUUGCCGGACCGCCUUAUCAUCUACGGAAGUCUGUUCCAAGCUUCAUUCGCGUUGUAUCAGACCGGGUAUUACGUGCAGCCUAAUCGAACACUGGGACCCUUCCUGCGAACACUGAUAGAGAUGACGCGCGACCUGAGCUACUUUUUUCUUGCUGUGAUCGGAAUUUUCGUUUUCACCGCACUAGCGCUUUACGUGAUCAGUUCCGAGACACCGCUCGGCGAGGACGAAGACCUCGGCUCCUCACAGCGCUACUACUUCAUGACUUUGUGGUACCGCCAAAUGCGCUCCCUGGUGUCUGGAAACGAUUUGUAUGCCUUUUUCGCGGACGACGUAAAUCAGUAUCCUGCUUUCGAGACCAUGUGGCGCAUUGUGAUCAUGGUUCUCAACUGGGCCAGCAUGCUGAUUCUGGUCUUUGUACAGGCGCACGUGACGGCGAGCUACGAUCGCGUGCGGGACGCGCAGGCAGCGACUUUCGACCGCAUGUUAGCUGGGAUGAUUCUGGACCUGGAGGCUAGCUUCAGCGACAGCAUGCUCAGUGACGAGCGCCUCUUCCCGCGAUAUCUUCACGUCCUACUUCCAGUGGGCGAAAACGUGGGCCUUAAGGAGCGACAAGCCGCGAAAGCUGGCGCGCCGGCCGUAACCGGAGAAGGAGGAUCUUCGCCGAGUUCUCGAACUUCUGUACGUGGUAGUCCUUCACAACGCAGUGAUUCGAAGGACACAACAACUAAAGGCUCAGCUUCAGCCACCGCCGCUCUACUUAGCAAUGAAGAUCUUCAUGUUGAGAAUACUUCAAAGCUACAAGCUAGUAAGGGCUACUCUUCAAUAUCUACUACACCAAUAGAACCUCCAAUCACGUUGACGCAGUUCGAAGACCUAACUAAGAAAAUGAUGCGGAGUCUGGCGAAAUUGCAGAAGGAAGUCCAAGAGCUGAAAAAGUCGCGAGAGGAAAAUGGUGAGGAGGACGAGUCUGCCGCAGCCGAGAAAAUGCAGAAAUUGCUCCGGGCUCAGCGUGCCAGUGAGUGGGCUUUGAGAAAAGCAAGGGCAGCAGCAGCCACGGUGCAACAACCGACCGCUGACGGAGGAGCGGCCGGGACAUCUUCUAGUGCGAGAACCGUCUUUCAGAGUGCACCACGACGGUCCGGAGAACCCACGCAAAGUGUGCCAAAAAAAAGCUCUGAAGUCCCACCUAUUAAUCCUCGAAAAGGGCGGUGACAUCACAAAAUGAUUUAGAUAUCUAUCCAUAUUGGCGUGAUUGAAAUAUCGAUAUUGACAUCGAUCUGCUUUUUCUAUAAAUAUGUUGUCGAACAAGUCCUGUUUGGAGUGCUAGAGAUUUUGAUUUCUCACGAAUGCAUUGGACGAACCAAUGGAAAUGAAUAGAUAAACAGAUGAUUUCUCUUAUUUUGUACACGAUGUACAGAUACAAUCACAUGAAUGAUUAAUGCCACAGAUCGAAGUGGAAAUGACUACUUCUCUACUAUUGACUUUGAUGAUUCUUGCUUAUGAUGAAAGCGCCAGCUUAUUUGAUAUUAUCGGCCCCAAAAGUACUAAAAUACGCUGGAAGCUUUGUAUAAGACGCAGGCAAAGCGUGACACAGCACCAGAUAUUAUAGUAGC